CACCGUAGGGCCUGCUGUCUUCUAAGUUGUACUGCUGUUGGUUAGGGGACUUGAUCCGGUGUUACAGUGGGGACCCUCGGACAGCAUUUCUCAGUGUCCGCCGUUCCCCCCUAUUUCCUUGCCAUUAUUGGAACCUGUUAGAGAAGCGACACAGAGGCCAGUAGUACGGAGAAUGAGGAGCGUUUGUAUCGCGAUAUUGCUGCGAUAGUGGCUCCUCCACGCCCCCCAACCCGGGCCCGCGAUAGCCGCCGACAUGCUGAUAGAGAAUGUGGAUGCUUUCAAGACGUGGCUGGCCAAGUUACUGGAGCCCAUAUGUGAUGCAGACCCUAUGGCACUAGCGAACUAUGUUAUUGCUCUGGUCAAGAAGGAUAAAUCUGAGAAGGAGCUAAAAGCAAUCUGUGCUGACCAGCUGGAUGUUUUUUUGCAGAAAGAAACAAAUGGUUUUGUGGAUAAAAUGUUUGACAGCCUGCAUACCAAGGUUUAUCUUCCUCCCGAAGAAACAAUAAAUGCAGAUCUAAAACAAGAGAAAGAAGAAAUUAAAGAGGAAGUUCCAGAAAAGCGACCAAUGCCAACUCCUGGAAUGGAAACCUAUGAGGAAGAGAGGGACAGCAGGAAGAAGAAGCACCCAAGUCCUCCAAGAAAUCGGUCUGAUUCAAGUGAAAGAAGAAUACGGGAAAAGAAGAGAGAAGAUGGUAAAUAUAGGGAAUAUGAUCGACACAGAGACAAGUAUGACUGGCGGAGAGGCAGAAGUAAAAGUCCUACGAAAUCCAAGUCUACUAAUCGGAGCCGGAGCCGCAGCAGAGGAAGGAGCAGGGAACGUGAAUCCACCCGUAACCGGGGAAAUGCCAAAGGAAAUUCUGUACAGCAGUCUUCUUCUGCCUCCCAGCACAGAGAGAGGCAGAAGUUUGAAUCUGAGCGAAUGGAGCUAGAGGCUGCAUAUACCCCAUCCUCCCAGUCAAGCGCCAUUUCAGCGGAGCAGCAGUAUUCCUCUGGUGGGCAGGCUAUCCCCAGCACUGUAACUGUCAUUGCACCUGCUCACCACCCAGAGAGCACCACAGAGAUCUGGUCUAAUUACUAUAACAACCAUAACCCUCCUAACUCCUUUAGCAGAAUCCCACCCCCUAAAAGGCGCUGCCGGGAUUAUGAUGAAAGAGGAUUUUGUGUCCUUGGAGAUUUAUGCCAAUAUGACCAUGGCAACGAUCCUUUGGUUGUUGAUGAAGUGUCUUUGCCCAGUAUGAUCCCUUUCCCUCCACCACCUGGACUCCCACCACCUGGAAUCUUGCUUCCACCUAUCCCUGACCCUGCUCACAACAUGAGAAUGCCAGUCCUACGGCCACACAACCAGCCCCCUCCACCAGCUGUUCUGCCUGCACCAAGUCUACCAUUACCACAUUCAGGCCUUCUAAACAAUCGGGAUCGACUAGCAACAAAUACCGUACCCAGCCUUGCACCAAUAGUAGGGGGUCUGCCUCCACGAAUCCCUCCUCCAAAUCUACUGUACUCUGUAUCAGAACACACCUAUGAGCCAGAUGGCUACAAUCCUGAAGCUCCUAGUCUUACAAACACUGGUAGACCUGGGUACCAGACAUUCUUACAGAGACAGCCAACACAAAGGUCAAAUUUAAUUGGUUUAACAUCAUGUGACAUGGAUACAGCACCAAGGGCUGCUAAUAUUGUGAUCCAGACAGAACCUCCUCCUCCUCCUCCACCUCCUUCAACUGUAGGUGUGGUAAAUAAUAGAGUAGUUGUAGAGCCUGAUCGAAAACGAACUGCAGGCAACAUGGACGGGCCCUUUGCAAAGAAACCGUGGAUGGACAAGCAAGGAAACCACAAUCAUAAUAAAACCGGGUUUGUCAAAAAGAUCCAGUACACUAAUACAAAACUUGAAGUCCGGAAAAUUCCUCAGGAUCUGAAUAAUAUAACCAAACUGAAUGAGCACUUCAGCAAAUUUGGUACUAUAGUUAAUAUUCAGGUUGCAUUUCAAGGAGACCCAGAAGGAGCUCUGAUCCAGUACUUGACCAAUGAUGAAGCCAGGAGGGCCAUAUCUAGUACAGAGGCUGUUUUAAACAACAGGUUUAUCCGGGUUCUUUGGCACAGAGAGAACAAUGAACAGCAGCAUACUCAGCCGCAGCAACACCAUCUAACAACUGCAUCAACAACCCAGACACCUAUUGCACCUGCUGGACAAGGACACCUGCAAAAGGUGAUACCAAAAGCAAUUAACCAGGGUUCCUACGUCCUCAACAAAUUACCCCCAAAGCAGCGUCUUGGACAAACCAGCAGCAGCCCGUCAGACACAACAUACCUGGCCUCAAAUCAGCCAAGCUCAGGGGAGGAAAACCAGACUUUACCACCUUCCACUAGUCUUUCAAAAAUGGUUUACAGCUCUGGUGGCUUAAAGACUUCAAAUAAGCCUGCAGCACCAUCAAAAACCGUGGAUGUGCAGGAUGCUCUUAAGAAGAAGCAGGAAGCACUGAAAUUGCAGCAAGACAUGAGGAAAAAAAAGCAGGAGAUGUUAGAAAAGCAAAUUGAAUGUCAGAAGAUGUUGAUUUCUCGCCUUGAAAAAAACAAGUCUAUGAAAGCAGAAGAGAGGACUGAGAUCAUGAAAACACUGAAGACACUUGAUGAAAAAAUAUCUCAGGUUAAAGAUGAACUGAAAACACUGUCUGCUCCAUCAAAAUUGAAGUCCAAGACAGAGGCACAGAAGGAAUUAUUAGAUGCAGAAAUGGACUUCCACAAGCGAUUGUCCUCAGGAGAAGACACAACAGAGCUAAGGAAAAAGCUCAGUCUGUUACAAGUGGAGGCUGCUCGCCUAGGAAUCCUUCCUCCAAGCAGAGGGAAGACGUUACCUGGCCAAAGCAGAGGUAGAGGAAGGGGGCAUGGGACAAGGGGGAGAGGUUCCUUAAGUCACAUGGUUGUGGAUCAUCGGCCAAAGACAAUUUCUGUUGUUGGAUUCUACGACAAAGAGAAAGAGGAGUUACUCCAGCAUUUUGCUAAAUUUGGAGAUGUUGAAGAUUUAAAAGAAGAAGAAUUCCCACCAAGUGUUAUUUUAACAUUCAAGACAAGGCAAGAAGCUGAAAAUGCUGCUAACCAAGGCUCAAAGUUUAAAGGUCGAAAGUUACAAGUAUCUUGGCAUAAACCGAAGACGCCUUCAAUUUCAACUGAGAUUGAAGAGGACGAGACCAAGGAGGAGGAAGCGGAGACGUCAGACCCUUUUCUUCAUGAUGAUGAAGAUGAAGACGAAGAUGAAGACGAAUCUCGCUCAUGGAGGAGAUGAAAGUUUCCAAUGUGACUGUAUAUAUAGGAAAUACAUUUUAGAGUGUUGACUUUUUACCACAAUGAGAAAAGAAAAAGGAAAAAUAAGCAAGGGGGGUCCAAAUGAGCCUGAUUUGUGUUCCUUAGUUUGCUUUUGUUUGGCCCCCGCCAUAGCACAAGAAGAAUAUACACAAGACUGUUUAAACUAUAUUGUAUGGAUUGUGACAAUUUUCUAUAAAUGCCAAAGGCAAGAGACUUUCCUUUUUUUUUUUUUUUUUUUUUUAACAUGGUUAAGAAUGUAGACAGAAUAUUUUUUGAAGGUAUUUAAAAUGCAUAGGGGGAUUUCUUUAAAAAAAAAUAGAAUUAAGCUCUGUUCCACCGUAGCUAACAGACACCCAGCAACUAAAGUGUGUUUGCAGUGAGCACCCUUUAGUCACUGACACGCUGUCCCAUAUAUGUUCCGCUAUUUCGAAAUUAUUUUUCAGUUCCUAGGUUUUUGUUUUAUGUAGCGGUUAGAAUUGAACUUUUUUAAUAAAUUACUCAUGUCAAAACAGUAACUCUAAGUGAGCCCGCUUAGGCCCUGUUGGAACUAUUUGAGUUUUCAGCUGAACUGCUGAAGGAGCAUUAUCUUGUUUAACGAUUUGGAGUGGCAGAGGUAACAUUUCAUAUUAGUAAUUGUAUCCUUUGCUCUGCAGCUAGAUGAUUUAAAGCAGAAUGGUUCAGUUUUUGUGUUCCUUAUAUUCAUUUUGAGUUGCAGUAUGAAAGGCAAUGUCUUCACCUAGGUUUGUGCCUCUGCUGAAUUCUGUAUGUUACCCUGUCGGAAGGUCUUCAUUCUUCCUGCUCUCAGACCAUUUAAAGUAGCAACUGUAUUUAAGCAAUCCAAUGCCUUCUUAGAAACUGCUUUAUGGCAAAGCUGUUUAGGCAGCACUGUUCCAUGUAUGUUGGAGCUUACAGAUCCAAAAUCAGUCAUUUUGAUAGAAGGUAUUCCAUUGACUUCCACACUACAUGUAUUUCAUAGUUGUAAAACAUAGUUGUAGAACAUACGUUCCUUUAUUGCAGCUGUUUCCAAACUGGGGAUGCCUUCAGCGUUGGGCCCAGCCUGAAUGGCAAUGAGAGUGAAAUAUGUGGAUGGCAAUGAUCAUUUUCAGUUCAAAAUACCCUUUAAACUUUUUACCUUUUUUAUGGGUUUGUAGAGCCGCAAGAUCAAAGACAUACAUGCAAAGAGUAAAAUUACUGCAGAAUAACCACCAAGCCCGGGACAAGAAGGGUUAAAAGAUCCUUACUAUAACUAGUGCCUUUAUCUAGCAACUAGCGUUUGAUCCUGCACCAGGCAGAAACAAUGUUACAUGCUAUUGCUGUCGUAGGAAACAAAUGGAAUAUUUUAUAGGCAAAACAUUUCAUCAAGAAAAUAAUUACAAAUUGUUUCCUUUUGCGGUGCAUUGGGCUGGUGCAGUUUUGGGUAAAGAGAAACCAUGACCUGAAGUUUGAGGUUAGUGGACUACGACAUAUGCAUCGCACCUUGAUUAGGCCUUUCUUUUUCAUUUCAAUAAAUAUAUUGCACCACCAAUGAAUUAAUACCAUAGUUUCCUUUUUUUAAGGGUGGAUUGUUUUAUAGUGACUGGUUCUAUAUAUUACAGGUGUUAACUUCACAUUCCAUCAAUGCCUGCUUUGUACCAGCCUAUUUCUGAUAUCUAAAUUCUUUAUUGUGCCACUCUUCAUCAGUGCUAAAAAAAUACUGAUUUGAUUAGCUCUUAGUUUGACCAUCCUGUAUGAUGCAGCCAGUGCCUUGUAAUAAUACAGGACUCGUUCAGGGCUUUCCUCUAAAAUCUCUAGGUACUAAUUAUAAAGGCACUAGUUAGAGUAGGGUUCUUUUCAACAAUUCCAUUGCAUGUUCAAUUAUGAUAUCUUGCAUAAAGUACUGUCCUGUGUAAUGAACAAAGUGCUACUCUGUAUGUAGCAGGGAGGUGGUGUGCAUGCAUGUUGUAAUUGCUUCUAAUAUCCCUAUGAGCUGUAGGUUGGGGGAUAGAUAGCAAAUGCUUCUUUGGAAAAUGAAAAAAGAUGCCAAAAAACACCUGCUUUGUUAUAACUUGACAUAAAUGUCUCUUUGACAUGUAAUUGGACUUCAACCAGCUGCAGGAAUCACAUUUGUUUAGGUUAAAGAAGCCAUUACACGCCACCAUUCUGGCAUAUGAACAGAAAGAUGGUGGUUCCCCUUCUUGUUUGAGUUAAGAAAGAAUUGCCAUUUUUCUUGGUUUUCCCUAGUCAUGGAGCUCCCAAGUUAAAUGCACAGUAAAUAAACCCUCAGUCUAAUACAAAUCAAACAUGCCUUCAUUUUAAGAAAGGACAUUAACCAGGGUUUUGCAACAUUUGGCAUGCCAGCUGCAAUUCCAAGCACACAUAGACACUCCAUCGCUGGAUGUACACCGUCUCUGCUGGUUAAUGGGAGUUGGAAUGCCAAACAUUGCCGAUUUCUGCUCUAAUAUUUCUGUGUGAGUUGAGUUACAACAUCUCAGUACAUCCAUUGAAGUGCUCACUUAUAUACUUUCUAUGUAGGGUGGGGGCGGGGGGAAGAAUUUAUAUAUUAUGUACAGAUGUUUUCUUGAAAUGUAUAAUUUUGUACAUAAAUCUCUCCUUUCUGUGUACUAAGACUACCAUUAUCUAGAUGCCCUAAAAUGUUUUAUUUUUGUACCAAAUGUGGGACGGGACUGAAAGAAUUUGUUAGUGUCAACUAUAAAUACCCAGAGUGAAGAUGGAGCCCAAAGCUAAAUAAGCUCAGUGUAACACUUCUCACAAUAACAUGUACAGCUUUCUUCUUAGAACUUUGACUAUAUCUCAGUUGUUUGUUUUCUUUUUACUGACUUUUUAACAUGUAAACAUACUGAACAUUCAUUCAGCAGAGUGCUGAAAUUCUUCUUCAGCUGCCAGUACAGCAGGCAGGGGAUAUUAAUGGCCAACUGAAAAAUAUAGUUCCGUGCAGUUUGCAAAACUUUAUUUUCAAUGAACACAUUUCUGUAUAUGUUAUAGACCAUUAAUACCCAUAAAUGUUUGGAACAACAGACCUUUAUUAUACUUAAUGUCUUUUAGAAAUUUGUUAUAAUACUUUUUUAACCUUGAUUUUCUAGAUUAUUUUGCAGCUGCAUUGCGAGAAGGUAGUAGUGAUUAGGGAUGUACCGAAUCCAAAAAAAAAUGCUUUGAGCAAACUAACAGAUUUAUCAGAACAGAAUCCAAGUGUUAAUUUGCCUAUGUACAAAUACAACAAUCUGAAGAAAAUUGUCACUUUUAACAGUUCAGAGCUUAAAAAAAGUUGCAUGAUUUUGAGGAUUCAGAUUUGGUUGGGCUCAACAGUUAAGAUUUUGCUGAAUCCUUCAUAAAGUGCAGAGCUAAAUUCCCCACUGAAUUUAUAUCUAGCAUUGUGUAUAAUAAGACUUAUUAAAGGUAACACAUAUAAGAAAAUACUUGGGGAUUUAGAGAGUCCAUUUGGUAGCCAGAGGCCCAUUGCAAUAAAGGUCUUGCACCGAGCAUUACGUAUUCAUCAAUCUGGCCUGUAAUACUGACUUCCUGUGGAGUGCCUUAGAUAGAAAUCUACUUAUUUUGUUUAUUUUACCUAACCAUUGUGUGCAGUUAAAUCAUGCAAAGCACAUGUCAGUUGCGAGCUUGCAUGGAUUCUACUCCCUUUUAGAUAAAGCCAUCAGCAUUUCUGUGUUUUACAGUUGAUAAUUCUUAGUGGCAACCACCAAAUUAAAAAAACAAAAGCCUAGGUUACCUAGGGUAGCCUUCAUAAUAUUCCACCCUUUAUUCUUAGCAAUCCCCUUUCUAUGGUUAUUAUGCAUAACGAUAUAGUAACAAUAAGGAUAGGUUCAUCUGUAGCCACACUAUGAACAACCAAUGAACAGACUUUAACCAGACUAACCCCCAGCUGACUGAUUGGUCCUCCCCAAUGGUAGCUGCUUGUCCAACAGGGUCAAUGAAUUCAAAUAACCAAGGCCUUACAUUUUAUUUAUUGAAAAGUUUUUUCCCUCCCCAGUUCUAUCCAUACACACGUCAUCAAUUCGCUAAAAGGGCAUCGAAAUUUCAUACAGGUUCCUUUGAAUAGAGUUUUUGUUCCCCUGUUGUACAGCACACUUGUAUUAUAGUUUUUACAAUAUGGUGAACUUGUGUUAUAGAACGCUAGGCAAUAUUGUUGAAUUUCUAACUGUUUAUACAUUUAAAAAUCAUCCAAUGUAAUGUUUUUGUUUUAUUGAUUUACCAGCUGAAUUUCUAAGAGCAUGCUCACCUUGCAAUAAAGAGACAUGGGUCAGUGGUUCACAAAAAAAAAA